GUCGCGCGUGCAGGGAGUUUGCUUUGCGCUGUGCCUCGGCAGCAUGCGCGCGACCGCCGGCGCAACUUCCCCCGCACAGCAGCGCAGCUCGCGCACCGCCAUCCUCCUCACCUACACACCUCAACCAACUUUUCAGGAGGCUUAAACGCUCAUACACGCGCGCGCGCGCACACACACACACACACACACAGACUCGGGAAUCAUCUGCGUGGAGAAAUCUUCACGGCUCGGGUUCAUAAUUGGCGCUUGGAAGGAAAAGGCUGUGUGACUGUACCACUUCUUCUCCAGCGUCUUCAUCAUCUUCAUCUUCUUCUACUCAGAAUCUGCAGUGCAACACGGAUUUUUAAACAUGUCGGCCAAAUUUCUGCUCCGUGUCUUACUUCUGUGCGUGUUGCAUGCGUGCUCUCGAACCCUGGCGUCUGAAGACGAGGAGUACGACGAUGUGACGGUCAGCCAGAUGCUCUCGCCCAAAAAGAGCGAGAUGGACGCCACGCAGAUCCUGAACAACCUCCUGAAGGAGUACGAUAAGAAGCUCCGCCCAGACAUCGGAGUUAAACCGACUGUCAUUGACGUCGAUAUCUUCGUUAACAGCAUCGGACCCGUCUCAUCCAUAAAUAUGGAGUAUCAGAUCGACAUCAUCUUUGCUCAGACGUGGACAGACAGUCGGCUCAGAUACAACAGCACCAUGAAGAUCUUGACUCUGAACAGUAACAUGGUGGGACUGAUCUGGCUCCCAGACACCAUCUUCAGAAACUCCAAGAACGCAGACUCACACUGGAUCACCACGCCCAAUCAGCUGCUCAGGAUAUGGAAUGAUGGGAAAAUUCUUUAUACACUCAGACUGACGAUAAACGCUGAGUGUCAGCUGCAGCUCCAUAACUUCCCCAUGGAUGAACACUCCUGCCCACUCAUCUUCUCCAGCUAUGGAUACCCGAGAGAUGAAAUGAUCUACAAAUGGAGGAAGAACUCAGUGGAAGCAGCAGAUCAGAAAUCCUGGAGACUUUAUCAGUUUGAUUUCAUGGGGCUGAGGAACACCACAGACGUCCUCAAGACCACCUCAGGUGACUACGUGGUGAUGACGGUUUAUUUUGACCUGAGCAGAAGGAUGGGCUACUUCACCAUCCAGACCUACAUCCCCUGCAUCCUGACCGUCGUCCUCUCCUGGGUCUCCUUCUGGAUUAAAAAAGAUGCAACACCAGCCAGAACUGCUUUAGGAAUAACCACCGUGUUAACCAUGACCACGCUGAGCACAGUGGCCAGGACCUCAUUACCCAGAGUCUCCUACGUCACCGCCAUGGACCUUUUCGUCACCGUCUGUUUCCUCUUUGUCUUUGCGGCUCUGAUGGAAUACGCGACGCUCAACUAUUACUCAUACAGUGUUCGCCGGCCGACCUGUAACAAGAUGAAACGACCGAACUACUCGGUGCUGGAUGUAGGACCUCCUCCUACAGUCAUCGCUCUGAACAACUCCAUGUACUGGCAGGAAUUUGAUGACGCCUGUCUAUACGAGUGCCUGGAUGGGAAAGACUGCCAGAGUUUCUUCUGCUGCUAUGAAGAAUGCAAGGGAGGAGCCUGGAGAAAGGGCAGAGUCCACAUAGACAUCUUGGAACUGGACGCAUACUCCCGUGUCUUCUUUCCCACCUCUUUCUUGUUGUUUAACGUCGUCUACUGGGUAGGCUACCUCUAUCUUUAGCAAUCCACUUGUUUCCUUUUCGAAAGACGCAGAGGACUCAAGGCAGCGAUUGCACCGAGACUUUCAAAGGUCCAGUCAAAAAGGAACUUUCUUUGUUUAGUCAAAGACCUCUCCUGUAAGUUGGGAAACAUAAAAAAAACACACUUUGCCAUAAGAAAGUUACAAGCAGAUACUUUCCAAGCCCUUAAGCUAAGGAUUCCGGCUCUUUCUACACAGUCGGAAGUCCACAGGCUUUUUCUCUGGUAGCAUUUCCCUGCCAGAAGUCUUUGCCUUUGUUCUUCAGGUACCAAGGAAAAAAAAAAAGUUCACUCAUCACAGAAGUGUGGUGAUUUUUUUAUUUAUUUAUUUAUUUUUGUUAUUGAUAAGAAAGUCACAGUACAAGUGGAUAAAGCUGCUCUGAGGAUGGGGUGGGAAAGCCUGCAACCCCAUGACCUCUGAAUACGGAGGUGGUUCUCAAAAAGUGAAGACCGGCGAUCAGUCAAAACCAGGCUGUGGUGAAGAGAAGCAUUCAGAACCAUCCAUAGUGCCUUCUUCUGGAUGGGGUAGCUAUCUGCCUGAGAGAGAGCAGGAUCGGUUUCAGAUAUGGGGUCAGCUCUCGGUUUUGACUGACCGCUCACGUGCUCACUCUCUGCUUUUCCCAGCAUUUAGUUAUGACUUAUUUUUCAGAUGAAGUCAUUUCUAAAAUUGACGUUCCUGUCAUUGCAUGCUAUUUAUUCUAAUCUUAAGCUCCACUUUGAAUCUUCACAGAAAUUUUAGUAUGGCAAAAGUAGGUUUUAUUGGAGUAUCAUAUCAUAGGCUAAUUGUUUA